AUGACUAAUAAUUCUGCAAUCGAUUAUGUUUAUUGGGAUGAUCCCAAUGAGCUUAUUGAUCGUCUUAGACUUUUGAUAGCUUCUCAAGCAGCUUUGAUAUCCAUCGAUCAAACAAACAUGAGCAUCGAUGUUUUCGGACGCCAAUUAACACAAAAGGACAAAAAAGCUCAAGUAGUUGAAGAGCUUCAUAGACCAGCAUGUAGAAAUUAUAUUCGACAUCAUAUAGAUAUUAGAGGUCUCGAUGAAACGUGGCAAGCAGAUCUUGUUGAAAUGAUCCCUUAUUCAUCUGUCAAUAAUGGUUACAAAUAUUUACUUACAAUUAUAGAUACAUUUUCUGAAUAUGCUUGGGCAAUUCCUGUAAAAUCAAAAAAUGGUAAAGACGUCACCAAUAUCAUGAAAUCUGUCCUAGUGCAAAAACGUCAUCCACAGAAUUUGAUGGUUGAUCAGGGUCGAGAAUUUUGGAAUAAAGAAUUUCAAACAUUGAUGAAAGAAUAUAAUAUACAUUUAUAUCACAAGUUUAGCAAUUUAAAAGCAUCAAUUGUUGAACGAUUAAAUCGUACAUUAAAAAAUCUCAUGUGGAAGAAGUUUACUCUUCAAGGUUCAUAUAAAUGGCAAAAAAUAUUACCAGAUAUAUUACAACAAUAUAAUAAUACAAAACAUCGAACAAUAAAAAUGAAGCCCCUAGAUAUACCAUAUUCAUCACUUAUGAAAUAUGUAAGAGCAGCUGAAAAAAAUACUAAAAUAGAUGGAAUUAAUGUUUUCAAAAUAAAUCAGCAAAAUGAAACACCUGACGUCAUUCGAGAUGAAAAUGUAUUCGAGAUUUUGAGUGAUAAUGAUAAUGAUUAA